GUGACACCGGACCGGAAACGCGCCAAAAGCCAGAGGUCGACGGACGGACGGUUGGCGGUUGGUUAGUCUUACGGGAAAGAAGGGUGGAAGAAACAGCUGACUCGAUAUAAUCCCAACCCUUUGGUUUCUCUGUAGAGGUUAGGACAUCAGCUGAUUUCGGAAUUUUGUCGUGCACGCGCCUAUAAGCGACGCCCCACGCCCCAUCCUGAAAGGAACCUGCAGUGAUGUUGACACGCCGAAAACGGGCAAUGAUGCUGCUGCAAGCUCCACCUGCUCCACCCAUUGAGGAGGCCACAAUCCAGGAAGUGACGCUGCUGUCGCUGCCCGACGUGCCUCUGCUGCAGGUGCUCUCGCUGCUGCCCGUCAGGGACCUGGGCGCGGCGGGGCUGGCGAGCCCGCGCCUGGCCGCGCUCACCAGGACGCACGCGACGCUCUGGCGCGGCAAGGAGACGGCCGAGCUCUUCUACUUCGAGGACGUCGACGGGCUCCUGGACCUGCUGCGGGUCAUGCCGCCCGUCCACAAGCUCAAGUUUGUCGUGCGCCGGUCCCCGAUCGUCGUGGCACAGUUCGAUAGCUUCACCAGGUUUUCCAGGGCGAACGCCUUCACCACGCUGGCCCUGGAGGGCCCCGACACAGAGAGCUGCGCCGGCGUCGUCCGCGAGCUGAAGCCCCACCUGGAGUACCUAGAGGUCUCGGGGGUCGAGCGGGGAGUGGGGGUGCUGUUCCACAACUUGCUGGGGGCCCGCGCCCUGCGGACGCUGGAGGUGCGCUUCGAGUCCUACUUCUCCAAAUGUGCCUUCAGGUGGCCGUGGGCGCCGGCUGUAGCGCUGCCGAGGCUGCGGACGGUGGCGCUGAAAAGCGAAGGCGAAUACUUCGACGGCUCUCGCAUACGCGGGCCUGACCCGAGCCUCCUCGACGCCCUGCGCUCCCUGCUCCGGGCCCACAGGUUACUCACUGACUGCUGUAGAUCCCGAAGGGUACUUCACUAG